AUGCUUCUGUCCCCUGUAGGACUGGCGCCUUCUGGCCGCUCUGGCCACGAAUGCAUCCCAGGUGUUGCUUUGCCGAUCUUUGCCGCGCAUGCUGGGGACUCCUUCUGCUCUGUCGGCGAGGAGUUGGACGCUGCUUCAACCAAGUCCUUAACCGGACUUGGGCAACUGCCUUUUCCUGCCGAGGAUCGCAUGUUGGCAGAAUGCGCCAGCACGCACCUGCAUGACCUGCCGCAAGCCAUCUACGCGUAUGCCAAGUUGGGAUCGCCUCACUCGGUGGCGCCGGAGUAUCGCGCGACCAUCCUAGAGUUCCUCGUCCGUGCCAUGAAGGCUCUCCUGCGGGUCGAUGCAGUGCCGCGUCUCCCGGAGAAGGCUUUGCGCCAGCUGCUGCUUGGCAUUGCCUUCUGGGGGCCCUGCAAAGACCGGUCAGCGGGCCAGGGCCAGGGCGACCAGGACCUCAAAGAGAAGGAGGCUGGAGACCUCCGGCAGGUCCUCCUGCGGCAGAGCCUGGACGUGUGGCUGCAGAUGGAGAGCUCUGCGACAGCGGAGAUUACUCGAACUGUUGUGGCCUCGGCGUCCCUGGAGUUUGGGGUGCAGGCUGGCGACCUCAGCGAUGCUGCGGCGACGCGCUUCCACGAGGUGCAGCGGCCAGAGAGAGUCUCCGGCCAGUCGGUUGACUGCCUGCAAUCAUACGAGCGCAGCGUGUUCAAAGCACUGGAGAAGCUCCUGGCGGAGAAGUUCCGAUUGAAGCCACCCGUGCCAAAGCUCGAGGCACUGCACCCGACAUCUUGCUGCGACGUGCGCUUGGCUCUUCCCGCCUUGAAGCUCGCAGUGGAGGUAGGACUGAAGGGUGAUCUUUUCGAGGGGCCCCGGGAAGCUUGGGCGGACGCCGGCUGGGGACGGACGGCGGAGAGUGAAUUAGAUCACGGACCAAUCCCUGGAGACUUCGUGGCCGCGGGUCUUGACGAUGUCCUGGAGGAUGCAGACCAAAGAUGGUUCAACGUAGAUGGCGAGGGAGAAGAUCUUGGUGCCUCGGCUUCGAGUGUACCGUGGCAGCAGCUGCCAGCUCUUCGAAUACGGCUCUUGCGGGCCUCUGGCUGGACAGUAGUAGAGAUUCCAUACUAUGACUGGCGAAAGCUGGUUAAGUCUGAACAGCAGCGAUUCCUGGGCCAGCUGCUGAAAGAUGCAGUUCCCGCAUUUGCCCAGGCAAAGAGUGAUCGAACAGACUUCCGUUUCUCUGCGAAAACAGCUGGGUGGGAGGAGAGAAGUAUUGUGUGA